AUGCAUCUUGUCCUUCCUGUUAUCCUAGGCCUGGGAUGGCUCACCAAUGCCAUCGCCGCUCAUCCUCUCGGAUCCAACCACACUGAGCUUGAAGCUCGUGCAGGCUCUGGAUACCGCUCUGUCGCGUACUUUGUCAACUGGGCUAUCUACGGUCGAAACUACCAGCCCCAAAACCUUCCCUACGACGAGUUGACUCAUGUUCUAUAUGCGUUCGCCAAUGUACACCCGGACACUGGCGAGAUCUAUCUGUCAGACACCUAUGCCGAUACUGAUAAACACUAUCCCACCGACUCUUGGAACGAUGUCGGCACCAAUGUUUAUGGCUGCAUCAAACAACUAUUCUUACUCAAGCAAAAGAACCGAAACUUGAAGGUUCUCAUGUCUGUCGGAGGCUGGACCUAUUCGAGCAAUAUUGCUAGUCCCUUGAGCACCGAGGCGGGAAGACAGACUUUUGUUUCGUCUGCCGUGGCCCUGGUACAGAAUCUUGGUCUCGACGGGAUUGACAUUGAUUGGGAGUACCCGACCGACAGCAGCCAGGCUACAGACUUCGUCAAUACACUCAAGACAUUGCGUUCGGCGCUUGACGCCUACAGUGCAGCCAACGCAAGUGGUUAUCACUUCCUUAUCACGGUUGCUAGCCCAGCGGGUCCUAGUAAUUAUCAGAUGCUUCAACUCGCUCAGAUGGACCAGUACCUUGACUUCUGGAACCUGAUGGCCUAUGACUACGCGGGAAGCUGGGACACUGUCUCGGGCCAUGAUGCAAAUGUUUACGCGUCGACCUCCAACCCAGCGAGCACCCCAUUUAACACGGACCAAGCUAUCAACUACUACAUUGCCAACGGCGUGCCCGCAGACAAAAUCGUCCUGGGAAUGCCGCUUUACGGACGUUCCUUUGUCGGGACCGACGGCCCCGGCAAGAGCUUCACUGGCGUUGGAAGCGGAAGCUGGGAGGACGGCGUCUGGGACUACAAGGCUCUUCCGCAGGCUGGUGCUACGGUCGCUCAGAAGAAGGCGCAGUACAUUCAGUCCAGGGGUCUUGGAGGUGGAAUGUGGUGGGAGAGUAGCAGUGAUAAGACUGGUUCUGACAGCCUGAUCUCAACUCUUGUGACCUCAUUCGGAGGAACGGGUGCUUUACUCCAGAAUCAGAACCAGCUCAGUUACCCUGCCUCGGAGUACGAUAACCUGAAGGCCGGUUUUCCUUCCGGUUAG